CACUCAGAUACUUUGAUGAUUCAGAUGUCAAGAAAUAAAGUCUAGUAAAAGUAAUUGCUUGAUUUAUAGACCUCAAUAAAUACUGGCUUAUAGGAGAUAAAAAAGGAACCCAUCCUGACAUUCUUAUCAUUUUGGAACACGACACACGCAAAAGAUGAACAUCUUCAAUAGACUGACGCCUCGCCACAUCACCCUGCUUUUGAGCUUCAUGACUAUCUUUCUUUUGUUCACUCAAAACCCGAUCGAUAAUACUGUAGACUCCUUUGAUGACUCUAUCUUUGAAGCUUCAUGCUCCUGUAAAUCUUGCGUCAUGGGCUUUAUGGACGAUGACUGGUUCAUUUAUCGAUACGAUCCCAGCAUCCCACCUCUGCUGAACAGAAAAAACAGUGUGUUACGUCGAGACACCUACAGAUGGUGGAGGGGUCUACAGCCAUCAAUGUUCAGAGUCAACUACACAGAGGUGGUGGAUCAGAUGUUUCUCUCUUCCCUGAUAAAGAGCACUACUCAGACGCCGGUCCAGAUCGCUGCAGAACCUGUGCUGUGGUGGGAAACUCUGCGAACCUUCUGGGAUCCCAUUAUGGGUCUCUAAUAGAUUUCCAUGAUAUUGUGAUUAGGAUAAAUAAAGGCCCGACAAAAGGUUACGAAAGGGAUGUGGGGUCAAAGACAACUCACCGGAUUCUGUAUCCCGAAAGUGCCGUGGACUUGGACAACUCCACCCAUCUGGUACUUUUUCCCUUUAAGAUUCGCGACAUGCAGUGGCUUAUAAGUACCUUCACCACUAGACACAUCACACGCACCUACACACGAGUCAAACCUUCAAUCAAAGCAGAUGAGAACAAGGUGAUGGUCCUCCACCCUGCUUUCAUAAAAUACGUCUAUGAGAAAUGGCUUCUGAAACAUGGCAGAUAUCCAUCUACUGGCUUCAUUACAAUAAUAUUUGCCUUGCAUAUCUGUGAUCAGGUGAAUAUUUUUGGGUUUGGGGCUUCAAGUACUGGAACCUGGCAUCAUUACUUUGAUAGAACUCGCACUCACUAUGAAGGCGGCCCUCAUGGUGGAGACUUUGAAAAUAAAACACUGCAUCAACUUCAGCAGAGAAACAAGAUUUCAAUAUAUAAAGGGUAUAGAUAAAAAAAAAAAAAAAAAGACCAGGAAUGGACAUGUUCGAUUUAAUCUGUUAAAAGCUUAACAUCCCGUUAACUUGUGGAAAGUGAUAAUAUGUUUUGAGCAGCAUUGAAGUCAUUUUGUUAACAUCUUUAUGUUGUGGCCACAUGACCAUAUGUUGAUAAAACUACAUCACUUUCUUUUAGCCAAGAGUUUAAUGCGCUAACAAACCUUAUGAUUAUCCCAGUUUUGCAACAGUCACGCAUGUUUGUUUACGCAUUAAACAGAGAAACAUGAUUUCUAAAUAUAAAGAGAUAAAUAAGACCGUUCUUCCAUUUAAUGAAGGAUCUCAAAAUGGUGUAUACCAAAACAGCUACAAAAUGGAUGUAAAAAUGAAAAUAAAUAUGUUAAUAUGUAUGUUAGCUAACCAUGGUAACAAUGUUUUGAGAGGGUAGCAAAUGCUGUAUAAUGUACUACUUUUAUUUAUAAUUGCUUACUGUAUCUAGACACUGUAAACAUUGUAUGUACCUGCUGUUCUUGUACUAAAGUAGCCUACUAAUCUGUAAGACAUUUGGAAUGUUUUUAUGGAUCUUUAAAUUCUAUUUUGGUUAAAACUGAAAAUUAAAAGGAUGAGCCAUUUAAAAUGCUGUG